GUUGUUUACUUAUUUAUUUGUCUCAUCACAUUAUUAUACAAAAAAACAGAAACGUAGCUAAUACACCAGUAUUUAUUGUUUCGAGUGGUCUUUUUAGUGGUAUGGGGAUCCAGUAUUGCGUCGCUGAUCGCAUUGAUUGACAGAUCAUCCCUGAAGUUGUUUUAUUACGUAAAAGUUCAUUCACAUUAUGACGUUGCCUGUGUUACCGUAUAAAAUGCGAUAGCUUAUAUCUUUGGUAAUCACUUGGUAAAGUUUUACAUGAUGGGAACACAGGCUCCAGGCAUAGACUUUAACCAUGGAGGAUAAUAAGAGUUUAAACGAAGAUGUUCCACAUGAUCUUCAAAGUUUGGAAGGUCAAGUCCAGAAAAUGAAGAAUGAUAUGCUGGGUUUAAACUAUCCAGAAGAUAGUGAAGUGAAGGAUCACCUGCCUCAGAUUGAGCUGAAGGCUGUGACAAGGAGAAAAGUUAAGACCAAGAGGAGGACCAGUGCCAACAGGUCCACAGUUGAACAGAGCACUGAUACUGAUGCAGCUGAGAGAGAUGUUGUUGAUAAUAAGAAUGAUGAAGAUGAGGAAGAGGUGAAGAAGGAUCCCCUGCCUCAGAUGGAGCAGAAUGCUGUGAAGAGAAAUAAAGUCAAGACCAAGAGGACCAAGAGAAACAAAGCGGAGCAGAUCACUGAUACAGAUGCAGGUCCCUCUACAUCUGUGGAAUCCUCUGGGAUGGCAGUUCAGGGGACAUCUCACCAGGGACAAUCUAAUGAAAAGAUCCUAAAUGAGUGUGUCUCCAGGGCCUGUCAGACCAGGGCUCUUGGCCUCCCGCCAAUCAAUCCGGAUGCUUUCAGCCCGAUUAUCAUCCGGUUUCUGGAAAAACUUACUGAGGAGCAAUGGAGGCAGUUAAGCAUUGGCAGGAUGGACCCUGUGAUGAGGGCAUUGCUUGCAGAGAUGUGCCUGGAGAUUGUGCGGUUUGUAUCUGAGGCCAUCCUGGAGGUCAUCAUCCCUGCAAUUUUCCGUUUUGUACGGAUAUACAGCCAUGUGUCUCCAGUAUCCGGCAAGUCUCUAACAGAAUCAGAGAGAUCUUCUAGCACAAACCUGAAGGUUCGAACGAGAGGCAGCAGCAAAUCCUCAAGGUCUUGCACGGCCAAAUCAAGCUCCUCUCGUAAUGGGUCUCAGACAGUGUUGCCAAAUACUCAGGGAGAUGGUGAGUCUAUAUCAUCUGAGCCACUCAGUGACUUUUUUGGGAUCACUGAGGACAGUCUCCUCACUAGUGUCCAGGAUUCCUUCAAAGAGUCGCUGAACAAUGUCCUCUGUAUCCAAAGAGAGGGCCAGGUAGACACUCAAAGUCUAUCCCGGGUUAUUGUUGGAGAAGUGUCAAAGAAGGUCAAUUCCAUAAUCUCUGUGGCCAUCCAAACUCCCAUCUCUGGGCGAAUAUCCCCUGUCAUUUUUGCCAGUGGUGGUGUCUCCAGCACCAAGGUGGUUGAGGAGAUGGUGUCUGGCGUUUCCAACAUACUUCAGAUGUACAUUAAUGGGAAGAGUGUUGAGCAUAGUGUUGUUCUCAGAGAGGAUGGUGUUGAGGUGGAUAUGACACAUUUAACAGGACAGGUCAUGACAGCCCUCAGUGGCACUGUUUUGAACUUCAGCAAUAAGGAGGAAAAUGAUCCCGACAGGAGGGAACUGCUUUGUGUUGUUGCUGACCAUAUGAAGAUGCUUGAAUCUUGUAAAAGUUCUGAGGAGAUGCUAAAACAAGGAGAGAGCAACCUCAAUAUCAAAGGUGCCAAAUCUAGUCUUCGUCUGUCAACACAAAGUAUGGACAGACUACUCACUGAGGAGUUUCAGACCAAGGCCACUGAAUCGAUCCGGGAGAUUGUUAAAAGAUUCUGGGGUUGUAGAUCAUGUUGUUCUGGCACUACAUCAUCUAGUCCAACUCCUAGGAUAGGUGAGAUUGGAGACCUUAUGAUCGACCCUGAGGCCUCUGAGUUGGUAAGUACCUUUGUUUCAGACAUGGACAAUCUUACCCAGUCUAUCAGGUCAUCCUGCUCUCCUGCACAGAGUGAGCAGAUCCUUCUUGAAAACCAUCAGAGUAAGAUCUGGUCUUACACUGUUGGUUGUUACUACAACAUGAAAAAUACGCUGAAGAGGCUUCUUACCUGUCCAGAAAAAGGGGAUCUCUCAAGUACAUUUGUGGAGAGCACAAGAGAUUCUUUCACAAUGGUUCCAACUUUGUGCCUGGACGUCGGUCAUUCCAGUAAUGGUGAAGCUGACACAUCGGACUCCUUUUCUUGUAAACCACUUUUAAUAACCCCCUCAUCCAUGAAUGAACAAAAAGGACAAAGUGAGACCCAAAAACCUCUCUUGGCUCUCAAAAAGUAUUUGCAAGACCAAGUCCUCCUUGACACCACAAAAGCGAUUGCCAGCCAGGUUCUAGUCUUGUAUAAGACUGAGGUGAUGGAGAAGUUCUCAUCUUCUGUUGGAGAGUGUGAUUCUGAAGAGUCUCUAGAGGCCAAUCUAUUUGUGGAUGGCAUCAUGUCUGACUUGAAUGAUUUCACCAGUUCUUGUUCCGCCUCACCAUCUGAGUUGUUAGACAGUGAACAAUGUCUCUCCGAUCUCACUUUUCCACUUGGUCUGCAGGACAGCACCACCAACAGUGAAUCUACCCAGAGUCUUCCAGUUAUAAAUAUGACGAAACUCUCCAGUUUGUCUUUCCAGACAAAGGCUAGAAAGGCAGUGAGUGAAGCUCUGAGAUCUGUCAACCCCUUUACAACCAGCUUACUGGGAGACUCUGAAGCAUCUAAAUUACUGGACACCUUUGUAACAGAUGUGGAGACUAUUGUUCAGUCCAUGCAGGCACAUGAAUCUGAAAUUCUAAGAAUUUCAAAAGUGAGCACCCUUUCUGCUGCUCGUAUUAUAUAUCAUAGAUUUCGAGAAAUGCUGAGGCGGUUUUUCACUCCCUGCCAAGACUCUGUGAAGGUCAUCGAGGGUGUUACACCAAUACAUGACGAGACUCUCAAACAGGCUCCCAGUGAAAGUUUAGAUUCUCAGGUGACUUGUAAUAGUGAUUCUCUUGAAAUCCAAGCGGACCUUCAAACCUGUACCAAGGAGGUCAUUAGUCAGAUCCUCACUGUGUAUCACUCUGAGGAAUCCAUGGAGGAAUGCCUCUCUAGCCUAAAAGGAGAUACAGAAGACCUGUCCAAGCUUUUGGAUGCCGUUGUUUCUCAGAUUGACGUCCUUGCCGCCUCCAAAUCAUAUUUAUCUGUUGAUGACUAUGUUGUCAAUACACAGGACAAUAUGCAUGGUGAGAUCAACAAUGAUGAAGAGGAAGCAUCCGCUAGAAGUCUUAAACCCACAGCCUUUGACAAACUAUGUACUGAGGAGUUUCAAACUAAAGCCUCACAUAUGGCUGGUGGGAUCCUUCGAUCAGGGUUGAUUGGCAUUGUAAAUACCAGCCUUGAUGGUAGAAGUGCAGACAUUUGUGCAGAGUCCAGUAAUGAUGGUGAUGAUAGAGAUGUCAAAAUCCUUCAGAAGAGUGGAACUCCAUCUUUAUUCACCUCUUCUCUGCACACCAAUUCUGCAGCAUCCAACAUCGUCAUAAGCAUCACAAAAGACCUUAAUAGCUUCACCCAGAUGACUAAAAUGUCUGAUGCUUCAGUGUCUGGCCAGUUAGAGAGAUCCCUGUCAGCUUCAACCCUUCCUGUCAGUGUUCACAACGGGGCCAAUGUGAAAGGAAAUAUAAUUUGGCCAGGCACUGUUAACCUGUUCAACAAUGUGUUCACCAAGGUCAAGGACUUUUUUGCCCAGCAACAACUGGUCCUCCUAGACAAUGUGGUUGAGGCCCCCAAACAUGCCGAAUCCAUAUGCAGAACAGCUACUUCUACACAAAUGACUGACAGUGAACAUGAGGGCAGCCAGACCAGCAUGGUAAAUUAUUCCAAAGCCUUAAUUAGUCAGACUCUGAUGACAAUCCAGAGGAGAGUGUCUAUGUCAGAGAGGAUGAGCACCUCAGAGAAGGGCCUCUUGACUCGUUCCAUCGUGGGCUCCAUGUUGGAGGAUGUUGACAUGGUGAGAACUGAUGGACACGAGAUACACCGGCCAUCCUCCUCAAAGUCCUCCCUGUCCAUCACCUCUGCCAUGACCAGAGGGUCCCAGAGUGAUUUUACAAAUUCUCUUCCAGGCACUCCAGUCCCCAAUGAGUGGCCUGUUGAAAGCUAUUGUCCUAUCAUUAGGAGUUCGGUCAUUGAUAUGAGUGACUCCUCAACUCAUUCACAAGGGUCAACAAAUUACACAAGGCAAACCAUCUCUGCCAUAGUUGACACUGUUAUGGAGGUAAUUCCAAGAGAAGAUACGGAACACAUAGCCACUGCAGAUGAUGUCACUUCUUUUACAAGAAGACUUGCGAGACUCAGCCCCAGGGACGGUCUUCAGAACUUCUCACAUGAGCUCACUGACAAAGUUUAUGAGCUCAUAAAAAGUCACAACACCCCCCAGGCUCUUUUUGUGCCAGCUGGCAAGAGCGUGUCUGACUCUAUUCUUUUGAAGCUGAAGACAGGAUUGAAUGCUUCUGAAGAAUCCAGGGAGUUUCCAUCUGACCUUGUGUACUCCUUUGCUAAGGAGUCAAUAAAACGUCUGCUACAGCAGAUUAUCUUCUGGCUUCCUCCACCAUCACAAGGAUCCGGUUUCUGCCAAACUAUCAUCUCUGAUUUUUCUCUGCAGGACACAAGUCAGCUUAUCCCGAGCUCUUCUGCCAUCUCCAUUAGUUCCUCACAGGUUUACUGUGACACAAAGAGCCUUUUCACCAAUAUAAUGGUCAAUCAGGUCAUGGAUACCUGUUCUGUGGCCUCAAAUUCAUCAGUAAAAUUAUCAGAGUUGAUGAACAUAAUCAAUGGGUUGUCCCCAACUGAUGCUGGAACACUUGACUCUGACAGACUGGCUCUCAUGACCACUAGCCGUCAGUCUAGUGCCAAAUCAUUGCCUACACCCUCUCUGUCUGGCAGCAGCACACACAACGGUGGAACUGUGGAUAUUCAAGUUUUAGGAGAGGUGGAAUCCAAGAUGGACAACAAAGAUCUGGAGAUGUCUAGUGUCUCUGUGCAUCCAUCAACUCCAUCAGCCAUGGACUCUGAUACACAUGCAUCAUUUGACUCCACUAGCAAUGACUACACCUCUUUGGUACUUUUACUGAUUAUUAGAUUGCUGUCAAUGAUCACCCCUAUCACAUUACUGGAAUCCUCUGACAUUGGUGAAACAUCAAGAGUUCUCACAAAGAGGAUUCUGUCUGAGUUCUGUGGCACCUCAGGCCUUGAACCAACUCAAGCCUACCCCCAGAAUCUGAAAAUCAAAAAGAUUUUCAAGGCUGUCUACAAGGGGCUUCUUCAAGAAUUUGGGUCAGAGAAGAUGCUCCAGGUUGCAAUGAAGUCAACGGAUUAUGCAUUUGACGAUGCCCUGGUCAAAUCAUUAACUAGGGAACUGCUAACUAAAUGCAAUGAGGCUAGCUCUUCACCUCCCUCCAUGACUCAGUUGUCAUCACACAAUGCACUUGGCAGUGACGAGGUAGGUAAUUCUGGGCUUCCAACAACUGGUAGAAAGGAAAAGAAGAGAGGAAGAUUCAACGCUCUCUGUGGAUUCAACCCAAAGUGUACUCAGAAGGUCAACAAGAGGAACCACUGCACUCCAACACCUUCCCAGAACCAGACCCCUGCUAUCAGUGAAACAGCAAUUGUCAAUGAUCAAGAAUCCUGCCGAACAGAGAGUGUAUGCUCCAUCAAGAAGAAACCAAGGAAGCGUUCGCUCAUUUCCAGGAUGUUUUCAGCUAUAGGCAAAGCCUUGUCCAGUCCCUUUACUUCCUGCUAUAAAAGGAAGAGCACCUAAUCUAUAUUUCAAAAUAAAUAUUUUAAAUAAACAUAUUUGCAAUA